AUGUGCUCAGUAGGAACAACAGGUGUAAUAGAUGAUUCAUGGGGAGAAUCUGAUAUUUCAAUAAUCAGAGGCGGUUUUGGAGCAGCAAGAUAUGCAGGCUGCUGUUGUUGCUUAUUAUUGGGAUUGGGCAACGGCUGGGCAGGCAUAGGUGUUUGUUUUGGAGGUCUAGGAUUUGUGGCAGUUACUGUAGGAGGCGGCAUAAGGGCUUGUGGUUGUGGCUGUGGAAGCUGCAAGAAUCCAGGGGACUGGUUUUGCCAUUGCUGA